CUUUGGUGGGCGCAUAGUAAAUAACAUGGCAAACUCAAGGUAUAUAUAUACAUAAAUUCAUUUAACUACUCUAUGAAGACAUGGACUAACUUUGAUGAGAUUCGAAUACGUCAAAACCUUCGAGCAGCCCGAUGUGCUGCUCCCCAAUACCUGGAUUGUGGUCCGUAUUGACGGCCGAGGAUUUCACAAGCUCUCUGGUCGAUAUAGCUUCGUGAAACCUAAUGACCGCCGUGCGCUGGAUCUGAUGAACGCCGCUGCCGUUGAGGUCAUGAAAGAGCUUCCGGAUCUGUGUGUGGCAUAUGGUGUUAGUGACGAAUAUAGUUUCGUCUUCCACCCAAGCUGUCAGUUAUUCGAGCGGAGGAAUGGAAAACUCGUGACAACUAUCGUGUCGACCUUUACAGCUCACUACAUUUAUCUAUGGAGCACGUACUUUCCUGAUGCGCCAUUGCAGCCGCCGUAUUUGCCAUCGUUUGAUGGACGGGCAGUCAUCUAUCCCAAUGCUGGAAUUCUGCGGGAUUAUAUGAGCUGGAGACAGGUUGAUUGCCACGUUAAUAACCUCUAUAACACGACCUUUUGGGCCAUGGUGCAACAAGGCGGGAUAAACAACACAGAUGCAGAGCUGGAACUCAAGGGGACGGUAUCGGCGGACAAGAAUGAGAUUCUCUUCUCGAGAUACGGAAUCAAUUAUAACAAUGAGGAUGAUAUAUACAAGAAAGGGAGUGUGGUAUAUCGCCAGUACCAAUUAGAAGAGCCAAAGGCAAAGUCAGCCUCGAGCUACGAAGAUGAAGGCACGCCCAUCUCAGAGAAACAGCCAUCCAAGUCUCAACAAGACAAAUUGCGUAAGCUACGUCGAAAGGCACAGGUGGUUGUUGAACAUGUUGACAUAAUCAAGGACGACUUCUGGGAGAGGAGGCCCUGGAUUCUUUCGAAUAAGCCAGGUAAACUGCCAGAAGAGGCUGAUGUUUGAUGUGUCAUGAUUAAUGCAUGCUUUUGAUGUUGGAAUGCGAUGAGGAUACAAUGACCGGCUUGAAACUUCUAUACAGCGCCGAAUGGGUAUCUAUGAAGGUCUAUAAUGGCAAGAAAUUCAUUCUUUAGCAGACUUUUUCUUCUCCUUCUUCUCCUUCUUUUCCUUUUUCCCCUUUUUCGACUUGUGCGUUGCGUUUUCGUCGGAUGUCGUCAA